AGAGGGGACACACACAGAAAGAGGGUCUCUUUCUUUUUGGAGUAUUGGGUCACACAGCCUCUUUUAGUAAUGCCGAAGUUGCUCAACUACACCUCACUCUCUCUGAAAAUGCAGGCAUGAAAUCACUCGUUGAAAUCUUCAUCUUCCUCCUCUUCCAAAGUGCUUCUUCUUCACACACACUUGCUAGAUUUGCUAACAUUGCUAGCAGCACUUUGUUCCUAUGGGGUUGAUCGAUCUCAACACUACAGAGGACGAUGAAACUCCAUCGUCAGGUUCUUCUUUCUCCUCUUCCUGUCACUCGGUAAUAAGCACUUCUGCUUCAGCUUUGGUUCCUCCUCCUACUCCUCCUCCUCCUGUGUGCUUGGAACUAUGGCACGCGUGUGCAGGCCCUCUGAUCUCUCUGCCGAAAAAAGGAAGCGUUGUUGUGUACUUUCCACAGGGACACUUUGAACAGGCUCAGGAUUUUCCGGUCACUGCCUACAAUAUCCCACCCCAUGUGUUCUGUCGCGUCCUUGAUGUCAAGCUCCAUGCAGAGGAAGGGAGCGAUGAAGUGUAUUGCCAAGUCUUGUUGGUCCCUCAAAGUGAGCAAGUGGAGCAAAACUUGCGGGAUGGGGAAGUUGAUGCUGAUGGGGAAGAGGAGGAUACUGAAGCUGUGAAGUCAACCACACCCCAUAUGUUCUGCAAGACUUUGACAGCUUCUGACACUAGCACUCAUGGUGGAUUCUCAGUCCCUCGUCGAGCUGCUGAAGAUUGCUUUCCUGCCUUGGAUUACAGUCAACAAAGACCUUCACAAGAGCUUGUGGCAAAGGAUCUGCAUGGUUUGGAAUGGAGGUUUCGCCAUAUUUACAGGGGGCAGCCGCGGAGGCAUUUGCUCACAACUGGGUGGAGUGCGUUUGUGAACAAGAAGAAGCUUGUGUCUGGAGAUGCUGUGUUGUUUCUUAGGGGUGAGGAUGGAGAACUGAGAUUAGGGAUUCGUCGGGCAGCUCAAUUAAAAAGUUCUGGUGCCUUUGCAUCUCCCUCUGGUCAGCAACUGAAUCAUGGCGCCAUCAUGGAUAUUGUUAAUGCUUUAUCUACAAGAUGUGCGUUUAGUGUUUUCUAUAAUCCAAGGGUCAAUUCUUCAGAAUUCAUCAUACCUGUUCACAAAUUCUUAAAGAGCCUUGAUUGUUCUUACUCAGUUGGAAUGAGGUUCAGGAUGCGUUUUGAAACUGAAGAUGCUGCGGAGGGGAGAUUCACUGGAUUAAUCGCUGGAAUUAAUGAUGCGGAUCCUGUUAGAUGGCCGCGAUCUAAAUGGAGAUGCCUACUUGUAAGGUGGGAUGACAUAGAAACCCCUAGGCAUAAUAGGGUUUCCCCAUGGGAAAUUGAGCCUUCUGGUUCUGCUUCCACUUCCAGUAACUUGAUGCCAGCCGGUUUGAAGAGAACAAGGAUUGGAUUGACUUCAGCAAAGCUAGAAUUUCCAGUUGCCAAUGGGACUGGAACAUCAGACUUUGGGGAAUCAUUAAGGUUCCGGAAGGUCUUGCAAGGUCAAGAAAUUUUGGGUGUUAAUACUCCCUUUGAUGGUAUUAAUGCUCAGACUCCCCGGUUAUAUGAGUCAGGGAGGUGCUAUCCUGGUUCUAACUGUUCUGGGAUUGCUGCAACAGGAAAUAAUAUCAGAAUCCCUCAUAUGAGUUCUGAUUUUUCCUGCAAUGGCAUUGGCAUUGGCUUUAGUGAAUCAUUCCGAUUCCACAAGGUCUUGCAAGGUCAAGAAAUUCUUCCAAGCCAACCAUAUGGAAGAGCCUUGUCGUCUAUUGAUGAGUCUCGUGGAAAUGGUCGCCUUGGACUUUUUGAUGGUUAUCAACUGCAUAGCUCCAGAAAUGGAUGGUGUGGCCAGAUGCGCGACAACCCUUCACAUCUGCAUGCAUCUGUUCCAUCUAGGCAAGUGUCAUCUCCAUCUUCUGUGUUAAUGUUCCAGCAAGCAGUUAAUCCAGUUUCAAACUGUGAUUAUAACAAUAAAAGUAAUCAGGAGAUGGAGGGCAAAGUGCAUUACCAAGGUUCAUAUGCAUCUGAAGUAAAAGGUGGAAUAUUUGCAUCUUCUUCCCAAUCUGAUGAGCCUAUUUUCUCUAGGCUAGCUCAGGAAGGCACAAAUUCUUUUGGUAUGUUAAAUUUUCAUAAUCAGUUAAGUAGUUCACGGUCGCAUGAUUCAGUGUCAGCACUUAGAGGCAGUCAAGAGUUGGUUUCCUCAUGUAAAAGUAGCUGCAGACUCUUUGGUUUUUCAUUAACUGAGGACACGCGCAUUGCAAAUAAAGAAGCUGAUGCCUCUACGAUGAUCACUUGUCAGUUGAAUUCUGGACCUUCCUUUAAUAGAAUUGUUGAAGAUGAGUUCCACCCCGGCCAUUCACUCAGGAGUAAGGCCGUGGUUGGAAGUAACUGCACCAAAGGUGUAUUGCAGUAUUGACAUGCGAAUCAUGUGUGAUAGCUAUAUUACACUUGCAUGAAGAUUGCUGAAGAAUGUGUCCGUAGUUACUCUGUUUAUGUGCUUUGCUAUAAUAGCUUUGGAUUUCAGGAAGGAGGAAAAUUGUUAUCAUUCCCCAUAUUUGUGUACUUUUAUCUAAAAUUGGCUUUGACCACAUUAAAGUGCUUGUGUAUUAAUCUUUUAUGCAUACUCACUGAUCCGUAAGAGAUGCAUACUCGAGUGACACUAUUAAGGUAACUCUAUGCAUCUUUAUCCACUUUCUGCGUCAUUUAUGGAACACGAUU